GGUGUCCGCGCCUCGCCCGCCCGCGUCCGUGUCCGGAGCAGGCUCCCCGGCCAGCCCGAGCCGCGGCCAUGCAGAGGGUGCUGGGGGCCGGGCCGCGGCGCUGGGAGGCGGCGGUGGCGGCGCCUCGGCGACGCGGGCGGGCCGGGCUCAGGCUCCUAGCGGAGGCGGGCCGGCGUAAGGCCGCGUUACUAUGGCAGCCAGUGAGAGGUGGCGGGGCUCCGCCAACCGGAAGUGACGCGCCGGAAGGCGGAAGUGGCGGGAAAGUCGGGUGCGCUCUCGGCUGGCGCAGGGGGAAGCACGUGGCGGCCGCGGCCGAGGCCGGACUCGACGCGCCCGGCCUCCUGCCCAUGGUGGAGACGUUCUGCGCGCGGGCGAUGCGCGUGGCCGAGGCUGACCUGGUGCAGCAGCUCCGCAGCGUGCGGCCCGCGAAGGAGAAGCGGCAGUGGGUGCACGGCAUCCUGGAAACCAUCCAGCGCUGCAGCCACGUCCUGGAGGUGUCCAUCCCCGUAAAGCGGGACAGCGGCCACUGGGAGGUGAUCGAGGGCUGGCGGGCCCAGCACAGCCAGCACCUCCUGCCCUGCAAAGGGGGGGUUCGGUUUUGUGAGUCACUUGGCAUUGAUGACGUAAAAGCCCUGGCAGCCUUAAUGACAUACAAAUGUGCGGUGGUGGAUGUUCCCUUUGGUGGUGCCAUGGCUGGCGUGAAGAUUGAUCCAAAGAAGUAUUCAGAAGGUGAGCUGGAGAAAAUAACACGGCAGUUUACGGUUGAAAUGGCGAAGAAGGGAUUUAUAGGGCCUGGAACGGACGUUGCUGCUCCUGACAUAAACACAGGGGAAAGGGAGAUGUCCUGGAUUGCUGAUACCUACUCCCGCACUCUCGGCUACAAGGAUAUCAAUGCCCAUGCCUGUGUGACGGGGAAGCCGAUUAGUCAGGGAGGAAUCCAUGGGCGAGUCCCUGCCACAGGCCGUGGUCUGUUGCAUGGGAUUGAGAACUACAUCAACAACACCCUCUAUAUGAACCUCAUUGGCCUGAGCCCUGGUUUCCCUGGCAAGACCUUUGUGUUGCAGGGCUUCGGCAACACGGGCCUGCACACCAUGAGGUACCUGCACCGCUACGGAGCAUGCUGUGUGUGUGUUGGGGAGGUGGAUGGUGCUAUUUACAAUUCCAGUGGGAUCCAUCCCAAGGAACUACAAGAUUAUAAGAUGGAACACGGCACCAUUGUUGGCUUUCCAAAAGCAGAGCCUUACGAAGGCAGCGUCCUUGAAGUACCUUGUGACAUCCUCAUCCCAGCUGCUAUCGAGAAGCAGCUGACGAAGGAGAACGCGCAUCGGGUCCAAGCCAAGAUUAUCGCCGAAGCAGCCAACGGCCCCACAACACCAGCGGCCCAUGAGAUCUUCCUGCAGAGAAAUAUCCUCGUCAUCCCGGACCUGUAUGUGAAUGCGGGCGGCGUGACCGUUUCCUUCUUCGAGUGGCUGAAGAACCUGAACCACGUGAGCUACGGCCGCCUGACCUUCAAGUACGAGCGUGACUCCAACUACCACCUGCUGAUGUCUGUCCAGCAGAGCCUGGAGCGGACCCUUGGGAAGGGCAGCGGGGAGAUCCCCAUCAUCCCCUCCCCGGAGUUCCAGGCCAGGGUGGCAGGGGCCUCAGAGAAGGAUAUCGUGCACUCGGGGCUGGCGUACACCAUGGACCGCUCGGCCCAGCAAAUUAUGAACAUCGCCACGAGGUACAACCUGGGCUUGGACCAGAGAACCGCUGCCUACCUGUGCGCCAUCGAGAAGGUGUUCAGGGUGUACAAUGAAGCUGGGUUCGCAUACUGACGUGAGCUGUCCCCUGGCCUCGGCCCUGCCUCUCUCCCUCCCUCCCCAGGCUAAGGGCACAGCCGCCUGCCCACGCCUGAAACGCUCCCGCAAAGAGACUCUCCGGGGAGAAGGAGAAGUGCCCCCCCCCCGGCUCCGCCUGCUGGAGAGUGGUGUGGGCACAUGAGCAGCACGCUCCAGCUUGUGCAGCCUCGCGUGACCGGGCCUCUGCCUCUACGGCAGAAGGGUAGAUCGAGGCUGCCCCACGGCACUGACAGCAGCGUGUUUUCAGCUGGGCCUCUGGCAUCUCCCCGCUGGCGGGUGUCCUAGCGAUGUGACGUCUCCAGGAACGGUGAAGGGAUGGAGAAAACAGGUUGAGGGGUUUGGGUGUGUGGGGUUUUUUUAUGGAAAUUUGGGGAAAAAUUGAAGUAUCUGCCAUAGUUACUUGUUUGUCAAAACUAAACUUUGUUUGCUCUUUAAGAACGAGUAAUGUGUGGUGUAGAAUGGAGGUGGCCCACAGCGUUGCUUGGUAGAUUUAGGAAAUACGUAUAAAUUCUUUGGGUUUGAUGGAGUAAUGAUGUCACGUACGGCUUGUGUUCGGGAGGGAGCUGCAGCUGCACACUUGAGCGGAUUUGUUUUUGCCCAGUGGCAAAUGGGAAAAAAAUUGGAGAUGUUGAAAAUAGAAAACCUCACUAUUGGUGUCAACAACGGGGAAGGUUACAGCCUGUGGGCUAAACACUGGUAUGGAAAUAGACCCGACCUGCCGUCAUCCUGCAGCCUCAGAAGAAAGUUGUGGUUCUGGAGAAGGAACAUCCCCAUAACCCAGCUACCAGCGCACAGGAGUAAGGAGCAGCAGGCACUUGGAGGACAGCGGCACACCAGCCUCUUUAACAGUGCAUGGUCCGCCCUGCGUGCCCUGGUUCUAGGCAGACCUCGCCACCGUACAGACCAGUAUAACUUUGCCGUUACUAAAGUGCUCUUGGAAGUGCUGGCGUAGCUCAGGUUUCGCCGUCUUUCCUCCCUCUUUCAUGGCUCCUCUGGAGAGAACAAGUUUCUUUUCACUUUUCCCCCAAAUUUCCAGUGUU